AUGAAUCACAGUGACCAGGCCCUUUCUAAAUGUGACGUACUGACCCUGACCCUGCUCUUGCUGAAUAUCAUCUCUGCCCUGGGAGGACUGGCAAGAAACUCAGUUGUGCUGUGGCUCCUGGGCUUCCGCCUGUGCAAGAUCUUCACCAUCUACAUCUUCAACCUGGCGAAAGCCAACUUCCUCUUCCUCAGCGGCCAGAUUACAGGUUCCCCGGAGACACGCAUCACUUCCUGCCAACCCUACCCCAUCGUUCUCAGCCUUGCGCCUAUCUUUGCCUACCUCUCAGGCUGGAGCUUUCUCAGUGCCAUUAGCACCAAGCGCCACUUGGCUACCCUGCAACCCAACUGGUGCCGCUGCCGCCGCCCCAAACACAUCAGCUGUCGUGUGUCCCUCCUGCUGGGCAACCUAAAAGGGAAUUACUGUGACCUGUUUAGGGAUUUUGACGAUGACCGGUAUCCACUAUUUGAUUUCAUCAUUGCUGGGUGGCUGAUUUUCUUAUUGGUGGUUCUUGCUAGCUCCAGCCUAGCCCUGCGGAUCAGGAUCCUCUGUGAGUCCCAGCGGAUGCAGCUGACCAGGCUCUACGUGGUCAUCCUGCUAACAGUGCUGGUCUUCCUCCUCUGCAGCCUCCUCUCAGGCAUCCAGAAGUUUCUGCUAGACUGGCUUCAGAAGGAUUUCAAUGUGUCCUUAUAUUAUUUUAAUAUAGGGAUGAUCCUGCCUAGCAGUGCCAACCCCACCAUUGGCUUUUUCGUUGGCUCCUUCAGGCAUCAGAGGCAGUGGCGGCUGCCCCUCAAGUUGGUUCUCCAGAGGGCUCUGGAGGACAGAACUGAGGUGAAGCAAAGGGGAGAAAGCCUUCCUCAGGAAACCGGGGACAUGUCAAAAGUGGUUUCAUGUAGUGAUGCUGUAUCAACCAGGGUUCAGUCAGAGAAGUAG